AUGGUUUCCAAGCUGAGUCCUCCCCAAACUGUCCUGAUUGUCGGCGGCGGAGAGUACGGCGCGACAACUGCCCUCGAGCUAGCGCGCGGCGCGUACAAGGGCAAGGAACACCUCAUCACCAUUCUCGAUCGCUCGGCCACCCCGCCCGCGACGGAUGCCGCCAGCUAUGACUACAACAAGCUUGUUCGCCAAGAGUACAGUGCGCUAGAGUAUGCCCGUCUCGCACACGAAGCGAUGGAGCUGUGGCGCACCCCCGAGUGGAAGGACUACUACCACGAGAGCGGCGUGGUGGUGUCGGUGUCACGCACGGCCAAGCAGAACGACUACAUCACACGCGCACUUGCCGUCAACUCGCUCCCAGGAAUGCAGACACCGGGACUGGACGCCAAGGUUCUUCCUCAGCGGUCAGAUGUCGCAGCCGUGUAUCCCGAUGGUGUCCCAUUGGGCGACUUUGCUUCUCAGAGUGUCUACAUCAACUAUGCCGGCGGCUGGGCAAACGCUCGCGGAGCUACUGAGGCUGUCGUUGCUCGUGCACGUGCUGCUGGUGUGCAGUUUCGUGCUGGCACAGCCAAAGAACUGCUUUUUGAUAAUGCGGACAAGGUGCUUGGCGUCGUGACAGUCGAGAACGGGGACUGCGUGGUGGCCGACUUUAUAAUCUUGUGCUGCGGAUCAUGGACCCCGACCCUGCUCCCGGACCUCAAGGAGGAGUGUCUCCCCACCGGCCAAGUGGUCGGCACUAUCCAGCUCACCGCCGAGGAACUGGCACGAUACAAGGACGUUCCAGCUACCCGAAUGGUCGACAACGGCUUCUACAUAUUCCCUCCCACUGCUGAAGGCAUCGUCAAGUUUGCCAUUCACCAGAAGGGCUACCUCAACCCGCAAGACGGGUUCCCAUCCCUGCCACGAACGACUCUCACUCGCGGCUUUGAGAACCAACGCGUACCAGACAGUGCCAAGGAAGCUCUCCUCAUCGGCCUGAGACGUGUAUACCCCGAGCUGGCGGCCAAGGAAUGGCUCACGUCGCGUAUCUGCUGGUACUCGGAUCGUCCCUCUGGCGACUUUCUGAUCGAUUACCACCCAACGCACAAGUCGCUCUUCGUCGCUGCCGGGUGCUGUGGCCACGCCUUCAAGUUUAUGCCCAUCCUUGGGCGAUUGAUUGUGCAGAGCAUCAACCGUGAGCUGCCGGACGACCUGGCGGCGAUUUGGGCGUACAAGCCCGUCCUCGGCCGCAAGGACGAGUCACGGUCGUUUUCGACCUUCCAGCGUCUCGAGCCUGCCAAUGGCGCUCGCCUGUAG